GCGCAGCGAGCGGGGAGAGACGGCGCCGCAGCGCCGGGGCCAGGGACCGCCGGACUCCGCCGCGCUCGGCCGCCGCCUCCUGCCCCCAUGGCGCCCGCCACGCUCUGGGCCGCGCUGGCCGUCGGACUGCAGCUCUGGGCUUCCGGGCACGCCGUGCCCGCCCAGGUCACGGUCACCCCCAGCCCCUCAGAGCCUGGGGGGGCCUGCCAGCUAGAAGAGUACUAUGAUGCCAGGGCCCAGCGGUGCUGCAGGAAGUGUCCGCCGGGCCAACAUGUGAAAGCUUUCUGCACUCAGACUUCAGACACCGUGUGUGCCCCCUGUGAGGACAGCACGUACACCCAGCUGUGGAACCAGGUCGCCAAGUGCUUCAGCUGUGGCGCCCGCUGCAGCACCAACCAAGUAGAAAUCCAAGCCUGCACCAGGAAACAGAACCGGAUCUGCACCUGCGGGCGAGGCUGGUACUGCAUGCUGGGGAGGCAGGAAGGCUGCCGGCUGUGUGCGCCACUGCGCAAGUGCCGCCCUGGCUUCGGUGUUGCCAAGCAAGGGACGGCAGCAUGGGACGUGGUCUGCGCCCCCUGCACCCCAGGGACAUUCUCUGACACGACCUCAUCCACGGAUACUUGCAGGCCCCACCGGACCUGUCACUUGGUGGCCGUCCCUGGCAAUGCGAGUGCGGAUGCAGUCUGUGCGUCUGUGUCCCCACCCCCAAGGGUGGCCCUGGGGGCAGCCCGCACGCCCCGGCCAGCGUCCAUGACAUCCCAACACGUGGGACCAACGCCGGGGCCCAGCACAGAGCCCUCCUUCCUGCUCCCAAUGGGCCCCAGCCCCCCGACUGAGGGGCUCCGCACAGACAGCAUCUCUCUUCCCGUGGGACUGAUUGUGGGUGUGACAGUCUUAGGCCUGCUCAUGAUAGGACUGGUGAACAUCGUCAUCCUGUCCCAGAAGAAAAGGAAGCUGCCCUGCCUGCAGAGAGAAGCCAAGGCGCCUCACCUGCCUGCCGAUAAAGCCCGGAGUGCACCUGGCCUCGAGCAGCAGCACCUGCUGACCACGGCGCCGAGCUCCAGCAGCAGCUCCCUGGAGAGUUCGGCCAGCGCCACGGACAGGAGGGCGCCCACCAGGAACCAGCCGGCGGCACCAGGUGUGGAGAAGGCUCCUGGGUCCGGGGAAGCCCAGGCCAGCUGCACGGGCCCAGAGUCCUCGCCCGGUGGCCAUGGGACCCAGGUCAAUGUCACGUGCAUCGUGAACGUCUACAGCGGCUCCGACCACGGCUCGCCCUGCGCCUCCCAGGCCAGCUCCAUGGGGGAGGACACAGACACCAGCCCCGUGGUGGACGAGCAGGUGCCCUUCUCCAAGGAGGAGUGCCCCCUGCAGUCCCACCUGGGGGCCUCCGAGACUCUGCUGCAGAGCCCGGAGAAGUCCCUGCCACUCCGCAUGCCUGACGCCGUUGGGAAGCCUAGCUAACCAGGCCGGUGUGGGCCGUGUCACCGCCGAGGUGGGCUGGCCCUGUCGGAGCCACCAUGGGAAGGGGCAUGGCCACGUGUGACAGACAGCUUGGGGUGAGUCCCUGCCCCUCGGUGGCCGCACCGAGCUGGACCUGCAGACUUGGCUUCUGGGACCUGCAGUGGCUUUUGUCCACUCCUGGCCCUGCCCUGGCCUUGGCCCUCAGGAGGUGCGAGUGUCCUCCCCUCCCCCUGGGCUGGCUGGGGUGGAGAAAGGACAGCACUCCCGCGCGUGGGGACGGCCCGUGGGAAGCACCACCUCCAAAUGUCGCCACUGCCAGCUCCUACCCCUGCACUUGGGAGUGAGAACCACCGUCCCAGCCGGAAGUCUUCCACCGUUAGCACGUGGCAAUGCGAGGACCAAAGCAGAAGCGAGUGCCCUGCGGCACCCGAGCCGCCCACGCCAGCGCCUCGCCCCCAUCUGUGUCCUCUGCCUUUGGCCUUCACCCCCGCGCACCCCCGGCUCCAGCCCCUCCUCCCUGGCUGCCCUGCGAGCCUUUCCAAGGCCUCACCUGCUGCUAGCAGGAAAUUCCAGGAACUGGAGAGCUGCGGGGGGGGGGGGG